CGAACUUCUCGCAUUGAAGCUCUCUGUGUCCGGUGAGAAUGGAAGACACGAGUGAGGAGCAGCAAAAAGCCAUUACUUGGCUCUGGGUCGUUGAAGGCCUCGCCACCAUGAAUCAUGUUGAUGUUUCUGUCUUGCAGGAUUUGAUGGGUGAGAUAGGCUCAGCAUUACCCGAACAUAUUUCGAGAAAUGCGAGAGAAAGGGUUGCUCUCAGAUGUUUGGAGGAGUUAUUUGGGUCGAGUAAUAAUGGGUUCAAUAGUCAUGUUGCAUCUUCCCAGAACUGUAAAAUCAGCAUUGAUUUAUCUGAAAGUUGCGAAAGUGUCCUCAAACGUGUUACUAAUGAGACGCCGGAGUCUGAUUUGCGGAACGGUGGACCAGGGCUGUUGAGAUGGGAUGUUCACCCUUUUAUUGUGCAUAAAAAAGCUACUUUGCCGAAAUGUGCUUUGAAACAGUUGAAAGAUUCGAUUCUUGAUGGCUCUCAUCCGCAUGCUGAUGUCUUGAGAGAAAAGAGCGGUUUAUCAUUGACAAGUGAUGUUGAUAGAGUCUUGGUCUAUGAAAAUAAUGAAAGUCUAAAUAAGAGCUGCUCCAGUGCUCAAAACUUGGGAGUAGACGGGAAAUCAGAGAAUGGAAAUAUUUUGCUUUCCGAAAGGGAUAGGAUUGGAUCCAAUAAUAAUAAGCGUGAAAGGGUAAAUGAUUCUGAUGAUUGUUGUAUCAAAGCGAAAAAGAUGAACUUGGAUGCCUCACAUGUUUCACAGUCUGUAGAAGUAGAACAGAAUGGAAUUCCUAUACAUGGAAAAGAGUGUUUACAAGAUAUGUCUGAAAGACAUGUUCCAGUAUCUGUCAAUGGAAGGUGUGACGUGCCGCAAAACAGUGUAAAGGGUGGUCACAGUGAUUAUGCUGCAUCAAAGAUACAUGGACAGAGCAGUGAUGUUGCAAUCCAAAAGAACCAGACAGAAAAUGAUUGUAAUCCGACUCCAAUGCCUAAGGAUACGUUUCAGGAUAAAUGUUAUCAGCACUCUUGUCUUGGUGAAGUCAAAGAUGAUGGUGGACUUCGUUGCAUUCUAAGAGUAUCAAAUGAUGCUCCUCUAGGUGAAAUCCAGCAAAAGAUCUCUGAUAAAGGAAUCAACUGCAAUAGGGAGCAUGAUACUCAUAUCCGAGUACCACUUCUUUCAUCCAUGGAUGAACCUCAACAGCUAAGAAAGGCAGAUGAAGGCAAUAUCCGGGGUCCUGAAUAUAUAGCAGGUGAAAAUGUUAUAAAGGUGAAUCAUUCUGAUGAUGUCCGUUUAAAAGCCAAAAGGAAAGAGUGGGAUGCCUAUUAUGUUUUGCACUCUAUAGAACAGAACCAACUUCCUCUGAAUUCAGAAGAUUCAUCGGAAAGAGAAGUUCCAGUUUCUGAGAGGUCAGGGUGUGACGUGACUGAAAAUCAGAUGGAAAUGAUGGAGGAAGUCAGGGUCUUAGAGGACAGCCGUGAUGAUUAUACUGAGUCAAAGAGGAAGGGACAACACACUCAUGAUUCAGCCCAUGAGAGUCAGUUGGAGAAUUGUUGUAAACCCACUCCAAUGCCUCAAGACAUAAUCAGGAAUGAAGCGUGUCAACAUACAUAUGUUGAUAAAAGAAAAGAUGAUAGUGAGCUUCAGCUUGGACCAAGAAUAACAAGUGUUGAUGCUGCUGAAGGAUCCCAGCAUCUGGUGCCGGCUAAUGUAUUCAAUGAUAACACUGGUAAUGAUGUUCUUUUUGAAGUGCUGCACCCUGCAGCCACAGAUGGAGCCCAACAGAAGAGCCUAGCUAAUAAACGAAAAGAUGAUAAUGACCAUUGUUCGAAACCAAGUUCAUCAGGUGUUGCUUCUCUAAAUGAAAACCAGCAGAAGAAUUCUACUCAACAAUCUGCUCGUGUCAGUGAGCAUGAUUCUCAUGUUAAAGCAGCAUGCCCUGCAUCUAUUGAUGAAUACCAGCUGAAGAGCAUUGAUGUUAAAUCUAAACUGCUCAAGGAUUUUCAUGAUAAGAAGAUUGAUGCUGCCAUGAAAAAGCAUGCUUUCUGGAGAUCUCAAUGCACAUCUUCUCAUGAUUCCUUUGAGACAACAGUAACAGAGAAAAUCCGUUCUUUGAAUUGUAAUGAAAGUGGGCAAUUAUUGACUUGUAAAACGAGUACUUGUCCUGUGGUGGUUCGUGAGAACUGGCUGCGUUCCUCAGCCAUGUCUUUUGAGAAGGAUAACUUUUACUGCCCUUUCUGUUCAUAUUCUCUUGCUCUUGCCGAUUACCUUGAAACUAAAAAUAAAAAUUCCCUGGUAGAGCCAGGAUUAAAUGCAUUUGUUCAUGCUAAUUUGGAAGAUCAACCGAUGGCAACAACUCAAUCAAGCAAAAAGAAGGCUUUAAGGACGGUUGAGGAAGAAGAGAUGCUCAAGAAGCAGAAAUCUCAAUGCAAUGAGGAAACAAGAGUCCCAUGGAAGAAAAUAUUGGAUUGGUUAUAAUGUGUUUUCAUAAACUCCUACCACAACAGAGUGAACAGACCUUGAGGAUAAAUGGAGGAACAUGUGCAAAGGAAGUCUAAAGUGGUCAUUUGCAUCAGACAGCAAUGGGGCUUACAGAUAUGGAAGAGAAUCAUAAUUUUGAGAUUAGGCAGUUGUUUUGGUUUACAUUCUGCUUCAGCAAUCUAGUUACCUAGUGCAGACAUAACUAGGGUUUUGAGUUACUCAGUUGGACAGAGUAUGGAGCUAAUCCGGAAGUUGGAGUGGAGUUGGUCAUUGUCAACCAUUGAUGUUAUUUCUACCACUCAUGUUAUUUUGGGCACUUGACGUAUGCAGAUCCCUUCUCAACAUGCCAUUAUGUUAUUAACUUAUUAGUGGCACCUGCGCUUCAGUAUCUAUAUGUAUGAUAAACUUUCUUGUACCCAAAUCACAAUGAAAAAUGGGUGUAUAGUAUCCUGUUUUGACACCCAAAA